CCUCCAAAAGUGUGACACACACUCACACUCAAAGUCUUACACAGUUGACAAGUAUCACCAGGAGGGAACGAAUACCCAGAAAAAAUAAAAAAAUAAAAAUUAUCGUUUCUUCUUUUUCUCUCCGAUGUUCUUCAUUGCAAUGUAGUUCAUCGGAGAAUGGCUAAGUGUCAACGGAGCAACGCUGAUUCAAUAGUUCUCGAUCACCGCCACAAUGCCAAAAACACCACCGCUGGUAACUUCCGCCUAUCUGCUUUAUUCCGCCGCAUCAUUUUCGACGCCCUAAGCUGCGGCGGAACUUCACGGCACCGACAUCACCACCGCAACGAGUCCGUUUGCUCCGCCUCCACCGUAUCUUCGGCAAGCUUUGCCGCCGGUAGUCAUAAAGAAAAGCAACAAGUAAGAGAAGAGAAACAAGAGAAGCUAUCGGAUAUUCUGAACAUACAGGUGCAUGAAAUUGAAGCGGAAUCUAAGAAGGAAGAGAUAUUGACGGAGCUGAAACAAGUGGUGAAGGAAUUGCGUGAAGAGGAUUCGACGAAACGGCGAAUCGCGGCGGCUAGAGUAAGAUCACUGGCGAAAGAUGAUUCAGAAGCGAGAGGCACACUCGCAAUGCUUGGAGCAAUUUCUCCACUCGUUGGAAUGCUCGAUUCACAAGAUCUUCAUUCUCAGAUCGAUUCUCUCUAUGCAUUGCUCAAUCUCGGAAUCGGCAACGAUGCAAAUAAAGCAGCGAUUGUGAAAAUUGGUGCUGUUCACAAGAUGCUAAAGAUCGUUGAAUCGUCGUGUGUUGUUGAUUCGUCGGUUUCUGAGGCAAUCGUUGCGAAUUUCCUUGGAUUAAGUGCUUUGGAUUUGAACAAACCAAUAAUUGGAUCUUCUGGUGCAAUACCCUUUCUAGUUAGGACCCUUCAAAAUUUAGAUAAUAGUAGUAAAGGUAGUUCCCAAGUUAAGCAAGAUGCUUUUCGGGCUCUUUACAAUCUUUCGAUCAAUCAGGCGAACAUUUCAUUUGUUUUGGAAACUGAUUUGGUAUUGUUUCUGAUAAAUUCGAUAGAAGAUAUGGAAGUGAGUGAGAGAGUUCUUUCGAUUCUGAGCAAUUUGGUGUCGAGUCCGGAAGGUAGAAAAGCUAUAAGUGCUGUUAGGGAUGCGAUCACAAUUUUGGUUGAUGUGUUGAAUUGGACAGAUUCACCUAAAUGUCAAGAGAAGGCUUCAUACAUUUUGAUGAUUAUGGCACACAAAGCUUAUGCUGAUAGGCAGGCCAUGAUCGAGGCAGGGAUUGUAUCGUCAUUGCUUGAGUUGACGCUUGUGGGUACUGCUUUGGCACAGAAAAGGGCGUCAAGGAUAUUGGAAUGUUUUAGGGUAUACAAAGGGAAGCAGGUUUCUGGUAGCUGUGAUGGUGGGAACUUGGGUUUAACUGUCUCUGCGCCAAUUUGUUCCUCGUCGUCUUCUUUUGUGAAGUCAGAUGGAGGUGGUAAAGAGUAUAUAGUGGACGAAGCGAACAUCAUGAGUGAUGAAAAGAAAGCAGUGAAGCAACUAGUUCAGCAGAGUUUGCAGAACAACAUGAUGAAAAUUGUCAAGAGGGCUAACUUGAAGCAAGAUUUCGUUCCUUCAGAGCGUUUCUCUUCGCUCACUUCAAGUUCAACAUCAAAGAGCCUGCCAUUUUGAAGAAUCGUAGCUGAUGAAGAGGAAAGUUAAGUAUAUGAACCAUAAGUUAGCCUCCACAGCAUAAUUACUAGUACUAAUGUAAUAAUGGUUAUAUCUUAAUGAAAUCUCAGUAGAUUAUUGUACAA